UAUUUUGAAAUGUCAAUUUCAAAAUCAAAAAUUUCCUGUUUGUAACAAGAAAAAACAAAUUUAUUCUCAACAUUUUUCCAUAAAUUUUCAAAAAAUUCCAUGUGUACUUUUUAAUACCCAAUUCAAAAAUAAUGAGUGAGUUUGAAGAUCAUCAGUUGAUUAAAGAAUUAUUACAAACAUUUGGAUCAAAUGCAUCUUUGGAGGAAUGUGUUAAUUUAAUAAGUUCUGGAGCUGGGCACGGAGGGAAUUCAAAUUUGCGGCCAAUCGAUAAACAUGUACAAGAAAUUUAUAAAAAUUCACCAAAUCCUCAGCUUUUUCUCCAUAAAUAUAAUGAAUUACAAGGCAAAAAAGUUGAUUCAUUGGGAUCUUUUGUCGAUUUGUUAUAUAUGAUCAAUAAAGAUACAAAUUUGAAGAAAUUAAUGAAGAAAUCGGCUAAAGUCACUCCUACAUCAAGCAAUGAAAGUAUUACAUCAAAAGUUGUAACACGCGCUUAUAUACCUGAAUUGAAAACAAAAUUGUACAAUGCGGUUGCAAAUGAAAAAAAUGCCACAUCAAAGUUAAAAACUUUCGAUCAUUUGCAUAACGAUAUGAACUUAGAGGGUAUGACCAAUUGGAUAUCAGAUCGACCACAUAUGUCGUGGGAUUUUCUUGAACAAACAGAGGAAUCAGGAGCACCACUUAUGACGGUUUCAGUGCCAGCAGUAUCACAAGAAAGUAUCAUCAUCGAUGAUUUAAUGUAUAUAUUAACCGGUGUGGAAGGGCAUAUCAUUGAACCGUUGCCAAUACAGGAACCUUAUGCACCACGUGAAUUUACUUUUAAUCAAGAGCUUGAUCCAUCAUUACAAAAUUUAAUUAAAUUGACAUUUCCAUUAGCCUCAAAUUAUUCGAUUGUACAGCGAUUUAUUGAAGAAAAGGUGAAAUUUGAAGCGGGUCAAGUGAAUCAUGCAUUAGUUGCAGCUAUGACAGGAUUUGUUAAGGAUUAUGUGUAUUUUGUGUGCCAACUGGAAGUUGAACAUCGUACUGAAAGUUUAACAUUGCAAAAAAUGUGGUUUUAUAUUCAACGAAAUAUGAUCACAAUGAAUGUUAUGGCAGAAAUUGCAACAACGAUUGGAAAAGCGAAUGCAAAAGGUGGAAAAGCGCUUACAUUAUUACAUGAACUUUCAAAUGGAUAUUUAGCAGAUGCACAAGCAUACAAAUUAUGUUCAUUCCUAUUAGAAAGAGCAUCUCAACCGUACAUGAAAAUGCUGGGCACUUGGAUUUAUACUGGAAUUAUUAAUGAUCCAUUUAAAGAGUUCUUAGUUGAAGAUAAUCAACUUGUAUCCAAGUCCGAAGAACCAACGGCAUAUGCUGAUGAUUUUUGGGAAAAACGUUACAGUAUACGUCGUGAACGUACUCCAGUGUUUUUAGAAAAAGUCGCCGAUGUUAUAUUACGUACUGGAAAAUAUUUAAAUGUGGUACGACAAUGUGGCAAAACAUUCAAAACGGAAACACAUGAAUUAGUAUAUGAUCCAAGGGAUCAAAAUUAUAUUAAGGUGAUCAAUAAGGCGUAUUAUGCAGCCAGUCAUCUAUUGCAAAAUCUAUUAAUGCAAGAAAAUGAUUUAAUUGGACGAUUGCGUUCAGUAAAACGUUACUUUUUACUUGAACAGGGUGACUUCAUAGUACAAUUUAUGGAUUUAUGUGAAAAAGAAUUAUCAAAAGAUAUAAAUAAAGUAAUUGUACCACGUUUAGAAGCAUUAUUUGAACUAGCACUACGCUUGUCUGUCGCCAAUAACGAUUUGUAUAAGGAUGAUAUGCGGAUUGAACUAUUACCGUACGAUUUACAAUUUCAAAUGUUCAAAAUAUUAUCAAUUCAUACACAAGAUGAGCAAGAAUAUCGUUGUUCAGAAAAACCACCGUUAACUGGAUUAGAAUCAUUUUCUUUCGGAUACGAAGUAAAGUGGCCGAUAUCAUUAGUAUUACAUCGACGGGCUGUUGCUUGUUAUCAAAUGAUUUUUCGGCAUUUAUUUUUCUGUAAACACGUUGAAAGACAAAUUUGCAAAGUUUGGAUCUGUAACAAGGAUGCAAAAAGUUUUGGACAUAACGAAGCAAAACAGUAUCGGGGAGCGUUCACAUUACGACAACGUAUGCUAAAUUGUGUUCAAAAUUUAGAAUACCAUAUGAUGGUGGAAGUUAUUGAACCAAACUGGCAAGCGUUUCAAACCAAAGUUACAAAGAUGGUGGACAUAGAUGAAGUAUUAAAUUGCCAUAAUGAUUUUUUGGAUAUGUGUUUAAAAGAUUGUAUGCUAACAAACCCAAUAUUAUUACGUACUGUGACAAAAUUAUUACAUAUAUGCAUGGAAUUUUGUUCUUUUAUUCAGCGAAUGCAACGCUACUAUGUGGACGCUGAGCUAAGCUCAAUGAUUAGUACUACUCACGAGGCUACUGAACACUUUUGGCAGUCACCAGAACAUUCGUUAUCAAAUUCAAUGUCAGCGUCAAUGUCAGCGAGUAUGUUUGGACCAGAUCAAACACAGCCGCAUGCACCUGUUGUUGAAGCAUUAAUUAGUGAAAGUGAAAGCUUUGAACAAAGUAUCAAACGUUUUGAUGUACAAUUCUCAACAAUAUUAUUAAGUUUAAUGAAUAAAAUCAAUGAUUUAGGAAGACAGAACACAAAUGAUAAACUCGUCAAUUUAUUAUAUAGACUCGAUUUUAACUCAUUUUAUGGAUCACAAUUGGAUCAACUUCCUGGAGUUUAUAAUAAUACGAAUGAUGUGUCCGGAUAGUAAAUAUAGAAAAACUCGUAAAUAAUAUCGUUUCAAUAACGUAAAUUAUAAUUAUUCUAGUUUAUAGUUGAAUAUUUUUAAUGAAUUCAAAUAAUUAUACUACCUAGCAACUCUUUGUAACUAAACUAAUUAAUA